UAGAAAUACAGGUGGCAUGCAUAAAUUAAACACUAUCGAUGACUGAAAAUUUUCUGUGAUUGAUUUCUCAUGCGGAACAAAAUGUUAUGCUGAUAUUUAGAUUUACAAUAUGUUCGCAUUCGUUGCAUUUAUGGAUAGGAAGGCAGACGAUUAUCUACGAAAAACGACGUAGGAAUGUUGCAUACAUACAUGGAUUUUACCUUGACUAAGCAGGUUGAAUAUAUAUAUCAAAACCAACCAACUAUGUUUUAUUUGAGACAUCUAGUAGUUAUCUUUGGCUUUUUGAGCCUCACCGGUGCAGCUUUCACAGACUUGGAGAACUUCAUUCGUGUUUUGGGCUCCCUAGAUCCCAAUCAGUCGAUUGUCAAUUAUUUGAAUGGGUCAGUGUUUGGAAAACAGCCUGGUUCAGAUCUUCAAAAGCUCUUCAAUUAUGAAGGUUAUAACAUUAACAGGAAGAUACGUCAGCAAGAUGGCAGUUUCCUGUCGUUGUCACGAGAAUUUGUUGUGUACCGUCAACCGAACACAUCUCAGAUUCUUCAGGUUUGGAUUAACCCGUGGUCAAAUAAAGCCAAUGAAAUUUUCUAUGUGGCCAAUGACCCCGUGAAUGCAAUUCUCGACAGCCCUUCACCUUCGCAAAGAUCAGAGGAAUAUAUAAUAUACAACUCCGAUAUUGUCCUUGAAUAUCCCAAUCCAUUGUCUCCCGACAAAUAUAGCAAUUACUCCGCUGGACCAAUUUAUGACUCUGUCGAACUCUUCGCAUUUUUCGCAAAUUACACCAACCUUAGAGACACUUUAGAUAAAAGUGUGCCAUUUACUGGUACCUGGAUACGGAAAUCUGAAUAUUUGCCUUGGAUGGAAAUGUCUACAAAACCAGGUUGUUUGUAUUAUACAACGAUGGCUUGGAAAUGUAAUGAGGGACUGAGCUGUGUUUCAGAUGAUAUUAUGCAAUUGAUUAAAAAGUACUACCCAAAAUACGAGUAUGCACCAAGCCAGAAGGAAGUACCGAAUGAAACGUCAUGGACAGUUUUUAAAAAAGUUAUUGACCAACGACGACAAGCCGGACUCCCAGAUAUAAUUAUACCACAAGUAAAUACCACCAGUAAUAUCCGUACGAUGACGGAUAGCGUCGAUGAUCGUGUUCUCAACAUUCUUGAUGCAUGGCCAUUAAGUAUAAAAGCAAAUGGAUCAGCGUGGUCAGAAAUCCCGGGAAAACAAUCGGUUUGUUUCUUUAACAUGUUCGGUUACUUUCAGUUUGACCUUGAACACUUGCCCGAGCAUAAUGGCUAUCGUAUACAACUAGACGGAUUCGUGACAUAUCGUGAUGCGGAAACGGGAAAGAUGAUUAAGAAUUUCACCAACCCCAUUACUGGACAAAACAAUACACUUCCGAAGUCUGAAGUUGGGGUAGAUUUUGUAUUCAAAAAAGAUUCGUUUUACACUAUCGAUAUACCUUCCUCAGAAGUGGUCGGCCUUCUUGGUGCACAGUCAAGCGAAGGGACUCCAGAUGAUGACAGCGACUGGUCAGUCAACUUUAUUGACCUUGUUUUUCCAUACAACGAGCUGAGUAAACCUCCAACCAGCGCUCACUUUUUCGGAACUCUAGCGUCGUAUUCAAGUUGGCCUUCAUGGAUGGAAAUGAUGGAUGUCCCAGGCAACAUUGUUGUCAAGCUAACUGUUUCUAAAUAAACAUGUCUCUUGAUACAGCAUGCGAUGUGAGAGAGACGACGUAUUCUGACAAUGGAACUUCUUUUUUCGUGGCUAUAGUGACAAUAUAUUGUAUGCAUUUGCAAUCAAGUAUUUCAAAUGAAUAUACAAAACGGUAUAUUUGUAAUAGAUUGUGACAAAGCGAUGUAAAAAGAUUGCUCUUGUGAACGGAAUAACUCAUGUGUAGUGCUUAAGAAGACCGGCAAUGUCUUUAUAUCAAAACCUCAUUCGUGUUACUAUUUUGAUGUUAAAAUAUUAACUUUACAUGCAGUAUCAAGCAUUUCGAAUAUAUUAUCGACAGACUAUUUGAAAACGAGGUCGAGUAUUCAUAUAAUAACCUUGCAUAAAUCUAUGAGAUAAAUAUGUCUUGCUAUAACUUGAACAGUAUUUAUCAUUCUCAUUAUAACAGUGCAAAUCUGUUAAACUGUUAAGGGUAUGUCCUUGUAAUCAAAGUAAUAAGACUGAGUACUAAAUUUACUGAUAACUUUGAUAGGUUAAAUAUUUAAAUUAAAUGAUGCGAGUCUUUUAAUAACAAGCUUCAUCUCGACCAUAUCAUAUAUAAUAUACUUUCAGUACUGAAUAUAUUGAAAGAGUUUGAUAAACCGGUAUGAUAUAAUGUGAAUCUAUAGCGAGAAUAUUAUUGUUUUAAUAAAUUCU